AUGAUUGCAGCGUUCCCUUUUCAUGAUCAACAUUAUGACCAAUCUUCUACAGAUAUGAUGAAUAUCAGUAAUGUCGACAAUGGUGUUUCAAGUCUUGGCGAUAGUCGGCAUCAUUCUUUAUUUUCACCUCAUCAUCGCGAAUUUGUAGUUGAUCAAGACAUAAAAGACGGUCUCUUGAUCAAUGAUCUCUCAUCUUCGGAACCUUCACCUGCUUCUCUUGGACAACUUUUCCAUUAUCCAGUUCCAUAUCGUCAAGUCAAGCGUCGUCGUCGUCUUACUGAAGAAGAAACAAAUAUUCUCAUUAGUACAUUUGAAAAGGUUCAAAAACCUGAUGCGGAAAUGCGCACCAGAUUAGCAGCACAACUCAACAUGUCGUCGCGUGCUAUCCAAGUUUGGUUUCAAAAUCGAAGAGCAAAAGUUAAAAGAGAUGCUUUAGAAUCUAAAAAUGCAGCAAAAUUCAAUAAACCAAAAAAAUUAACACUAGCAGCAGAAUAUUGUCAAGAAAAAAGAAUUAACAAUUCUGAAUCUAUUCAUUCUUCUCCUAUAUCUUCGACAUCUUCAAUUGCCGCCUCGCCUACUGAUUCUAAAAUGCAAGGGAUGGCCAGAAUUACACCUAAUCUCGCUAAUAUUUCAAUAGCACUAACUUCCGACAAUGAGCAUCAAUUGGAACCGGCAAAAGAAAAUGGACAAUCUUUAUAUUAUCCUCAAUUGAUUUCUAAUAAUCAGAACAAUAAUAUGAUUGGAUUAGUUCAUGAAACUGUUUAUGAUAAUUAUUGGAAUACUUCUUGCGAUAUGAAAACUAUUAAUAACGACGAACGAUCUAUUUAUUCUCCUUAUUAUAAUUCUGAAGGUGACAGUUAUUUAACAAAUGACUUUGAUACCGCACCGGUAUCAACGGUGCAGUCUUUCCCUGAACCUAUGUAUGGCACGUUUUAUCAAACAAACGAUAAUCCUACCGAUUUUCUCAAUUGGCAGGAUAAACCAAAUUUGCCAUUAUCAUUAAUGCCAUCUACUGCCAUAGAUACCGAAACUCCAAUUGGUCCUAACAAUACACCUAUCCUAGCGAACAAUCGGCUUGUUUCUAUCCCCAUAACUUUAGACAGUUUUUCAGCAUCUCAUAACCUUUCAGGCUCUUUGCGCGCUCUUGCGUGGUUGGUAGAUUUCGAAAAACCU